AUGAACGAGAUUUUACAGAUAAAUUUACCUGAAGAAGGUGAACACCAACUUCGACCAUUCCAAUCAAUGGUCGAAGAUGUUGAUCUAUUUUGCGGAUCAAGGGAUGGAAGGCUUUUUCAACUCGAUCCUUUGAAUUAUAAAAUCAAAAAAACCAUCAGUUUACAUAAUUCAUGGAUUUCAUCAGUUCAAGCAACACCAGAUUUCAUCGUAACAUCUUCUUACGAUGGGAGUAUUGCAUUAAUUCCCAAAGAAGAAAUUAUAAAUUCAGAUGAACCUAAAUUCACACAAAAGUUCGUACAUAAUGAUUACAUAUUAUCAAUGACAGUUAAGGAUUCUACCAUAUUUACCUCUUCAUCCGAACCAAAAAUUUCAAAAUUCAAAAUAACAGAAUCAGGACUCAAGCAUUAUGCAAGUAUACAUACGGAAACAUCAGCACACUGCAUCAAAUAUCUCGAUAAUCUACUUUUAAUAGGUGAAGCCAAUGGAAAAAUUUCAUAUUAUGAUUUAAGAAGCGAAGUUAAGAAUAUUCACAAUUGUUUUAGCCACGAAUCAUGCAUCAAAGUGAUUUCAUGCAACGAAAAUACAGUUUGUGCAGGAUAUCUCGAUGGAAAAAUUUUUGAAUUUGAUAAAAGAACUUGGAAAGCAGUUCAUGAGUAUUCAGACAACGGAUUUCCUAUUAACAUAUCAUGCACAAGUGAUUCAUUAGUUGCAAUUUACUCAGAUGGCGUUGUUCAUGAUUAUUACAAUGUAACAAAUCCUCUUUAUAAUUUCAACGUUUCGCUGAUAUCUGGAAUACAUUCUACAAAGAAUAAUUCGCUAUUUCAUGUCUGUGAUACCUCAGGAAACCUCAGAAAAUUUGAUAAAAAUAAUGAAAUUUGUAAACUCGAGCCAUCUGUUGCUGCUGAUGAAAUACAGAGAUUAGGACAUAAUACGGAUAUUCUUGUUAGAAAUAGCAACGAUGAAGUCUAUUUAAUUGAUGGAAAAACUCUGAAAAUUUCAGAAAAAUUCGGAAAAGUUGAUUUCAGAGAAAAAGUGAAAGAACUCACAAAGAAACCAUAUUUAUAUUUCCCAAUAUCAUUUAAUGUAUCAACAGGAAUCCCUAGAAUGAUCAUCUCUAACUUCCUUCCAAAGCUAAAUGAUCCUUCUUUCAAAGAAUCUCGAGAAGCUCUAAAAAAUAUUGUUUUGUCAUUAAGAGAGAACAAAAUUCCAAUUCUAGUAACAAAUUCAAAUGGAAUACCUUUAUAUAAGUCAACUUCCGAUAAAAGACUCCCAUUUUGGAUGAGAUAUUGCAUAGAAAACCAUUUAUCACAAGAUAUUAAUGAUUAA